AUGACUAUCAUCGUCGCCUCUUUAUUCUUACCAUACACGCCUCAAUUCGAGGCCGAUGUCACCAAUUCAGAUACUGCCAAGCUGGUCGAAUCAAGUAUGAUUAAGGUGGACUGCAACAAUCAGGAAUUGGGCAGUAACAAGCAAGAAAGAAGUAGUUCUGUAACUUCGGCAAGUUCUCAUUAUAUCGGCUUGCCCCAAGAGCCUCAGAUUAACGGUGAACCUUUGCCUAGGACCACUGUAGGUUCACCAGCAACAGGGGUUAACUAUCAUAAUGAGAUGGAAAUGCUUUCUUCCGAGCAAUUCUUGGAAGAGCUAACUGCCAACGCCACUCAUGCGGCUAAUUCUGGUAUUCCACAAACUAGUAACCCAGUUUCUUCUACCUCAAAUGUGCAACGGCCUUCAGUGGAGGAGUUUUUUUCUGCUCCCUCUGCUAGAGUCUGUUCUUCCGCUCAGGAGGCUUCUGCGUCAUCUAUUUCUGGUGGUCAUGCACCAUCUCACCAUAACGACUUGAGCCCUAGCCUUAUGAAGAAUCAUAAUCUGUCAUUCGAUCCCCAUCAGUCCAGGGUCAGAAGCUCAUCCAAGAGUGCCGUAAUUACUCCUGUCUCUAAGAGCGUGCCAGAUGUCGACCCUGCUGUUGUAGAUGUUGCUAAAGUUAGAGAAGAAUUCCAACAGCAAGCUUCUUUGCCCUCCAUGAAAAGAGUGUCUGGAAUUACCACUGGUGAUUCUUCCGUUACUUCCACAGGUUCCAAUUUGAGGUAUUCUGAGCAAUUCCAGGAUAAUUUCAUUGAAGAUACUGAUAGCGAAGAUGACAUUGAUUCCGACUUAGAGACUGAUGCUACCAAAAAAUACAACGUUCCCAAAUUCGGUGGCUAUUCCAAUAAUGCGAAGUUAAGAGCAUCCCUAAUGAGGAACUCGUAUGAGCUAUUUAAACAUUUACCAUGGACAAUAGUCGACAAUGACAAAGGGAACGGAUCUUUAAAAAAUGCGGUUACUAUUGCAGUUGCUGAAAAGACCGUGAAAGAACCUGUCUCUUGGAUAGGUACGAUGGGUAUUCCUACUGAUGAACUUCCUCACGAGGUUUGUCAUGAGAUUUCAAAGAAAUUAGAAAAAGAUUUCGGUUCUUACCCAGUGGUCACUGAUGAUAUCACUUUUAAGGGUGCCUAUAAAAACUAUGCCAAACAGAUUUUAUGGCCUACUCUUCAUUACCAAAUUCCAGACAAUCCAAAUUCAAAGGCUUUUGAAGACCAUUCUUGGGAUUACUACCAAAAGGUCAAUCAAAAGUUUGCUGAUAGGAUUGUCGCCAUUUAUAAACCUGGCGACACAAUCUGGAUCCAUGAUUAUCAUUUGAUGCUUGUGCCAAAAAUGGUAAGAGAGAAGCUUCCUAAAGCCAAGAUCGGAUUUUUUUUGCACGUCUCCUUCCCCAGUAGUGAGGUAUUUAGAUGCCUUGCAAACAGAGAGAGGAUUCUUGAAGGUAUCAUUGGAGCAAACUUUGUUGGUUUUCAAACCAAAGAAUAUAAAAGGCAUUUCUUACAGACUUGUAACAGGUUACUUGCCGCAGAUGUCUCCAAUGACGAAGUCAAGUACCAUUGCAAUAUUGUUUCCGUAAUGUAUGCGCCGAUCGGUAUCGACUAUUUCCAUGUGGCAUCGCAGUUAAAAGAUAAUUCUGUACUUGAAUGGCGCCAAUUGAUUAAAGAAAGAUGGCGCAAUAAAAAACUGAUUGUUUGUCGUGACCAAUUUGACAGAAUUAGAGGUCUGCAGAAAAAAAUGUUAGCCUAUGAAAGAUUUUUGAUAGAAAAUCCUGAAUAUAUUGAAAAAGUUGUUUUAAUCCAGAUCUGUAUCGGUAAGAGUUCAGAUCCUGAGUAUGAGCGCCAAAUUAUGGUUGUCGUUGAUAGAAUCAAUUCUUUGUCUUCGAAUAUAAGUAUUUCUCAACCAGUGGUAUUUUUACAUCAAGAUCUGGAUUUCGCCCAAUAUUUGGCAUUGAAUUGCGAAGCUGAUGCUUUUCUAGUAGACGCACUAAGAGAGGGUAUGAAUUUAACAUGUCAUGAAUUUAUUGUCAGUUCGUUUGAAAAAAAUGCGCCUUUGUUAUUAUCUGAGUUCACCGGUAGCUCUUCUGUUCUGAAGGAAGGUGCUAUCUUAGUUAAUCCAUGGGAUAUAAAUCAUGUAGCGCAAAGCAUCAAGAGAAGUUUGGAAAUGUCCCCUGAAGAAAAAAGACGUAGGUGGAAAAAGUUAUUCAAAUCUGUAAUCGAACACGAUUCGGAUAAUUGGAUUACCAAAUGCUUCGAGUACAUAAAUAAUGCCUGGGAGUCCAACCAAGAAACAUCUACUGUUUUUAAUUUAGCCCCAGAAAAAUUCUGCGCUGACUACAAAGCCUCCAAAAAGCAUUUAUUUAUCUUCAAGAUUUCAGAACCACCAACAUCAAGGAUGCUAUAUUUGCUAAGUGAAUUGAGUUCGAAUAAUAUAGUUUAUGUUUUGAGUUCUUUUACAAAAAAUACAUUCGAAGGUUUAUACAAUGGUGUUCUAAACAUUGGUCUGAUAGCUGAAAAUGGUGCCUACGUAAGAGUUAAUGGAUCAUGGUACAAUAUUGUGGAACAGCUUGAUUGGAUGAAAGAAGUGACCAAGAUUUUUGACGAAAAAGUCGAAAGAUUACCUGGUUCGUAUUACAAAAUUGCCGAUUCUAUGAUUAGAUUCCAUACAGAAAAUGCCGAAGAUCAAGAUAGAGUCCCAACAGUUAUCGGGGAAGCGAUUACACACAUAAAUACUUUAUUCGACGAUAAAGAUAUCCAUGCUUAUUUGCAUAAGGAUAUCGUCUUUGUUCAACAAACAGGGCUAGCCUUAGCCGCUGUCGAGUUUUUAAUGAAAUUCUACAACAGUGGCGUCAAUACUACUGACAAUAGCAGAAUAUCUCUAUCGAGAACAUCUUCUUCGAUGUCCGUCGGGAAUAAUAAGAAACAUUUUCAAAACCGUGUAGAUUUUGUUUGCAUUUCCGGUUCCACUUCACCUAUUAUCGAGCCAUUGUUUAAAUUAGUGAAACAAGAAGUUGAAAAGAACAAUCUAAAAUUCGGAUAUACCAUUCUUUAUGGUAGCUCUAGAUCUACCUACGCCAAAGAACAUAUCAAUGGUGUUAACGAACUUUUCACAAUUCUUCAUGAUUUGACGGUAGCUUAA